UCUCCAUUGGCCGGGGCAGAAAGGGGAGGUAACCACUGGGAGACUGAUUCUUUAAACAAACUUUCCAGUAGGACUGCCUGCUUCCCUUCGCACUGCUCUGUUGGACCCAGACAGAAGGAGUUUGAGGGACUUCCAGACAUUUCUACCUGAAGCCAAGGCCCAGAACCAGCCGCCACCAUGUCGAGCAAACGUGCCAAGGGAAAGACCACCAAGAAGCGUCCUCAGAGGGCCACCUCCAACGUCUUCGCCAUGUUCGACCAGUCUCAGAUCCAGGAGUUUAAAGAGGCGUUCAACAUGAUCGACCAGAACAGAGACGGGUUCAUCGACAAGGAGGAUCUGCAUGACAUGCUGGCCUCUCUGGGUAAGAACCCCUCUGAUGAAUACCUGGAGGGGAUGAUGAGCGAAGCACCGGGGCCCAUCAACUUCACCAUGUUCCUCACCAUGUUUGGAGAAAGGCUGAACGGAACAGACCCUGAAGACGUCAUCCGCAACGCCUUUGCCUGUUUCGAUGAGGAGGGAUCUGGUGUGAUCCACGAGGACCAUCUGAGGGAGCUUCUGACCACCAUGGGCGAUCGCUUCACAGACGAAGAUGUGGACGAACUGUUCCGAGAGGCUCCAAUUGACAAGAAGGGCAACUUCAACUACGCAGAGUUCACCCGCAUCCUCAAACACGGCGCCAAAGACAAGGAUGACGAGUAGAGGGAGAACAGACCGCCUCAGGGCCCCCGCACACACACACACACUGCACUGCAAAUCAAUCACUCGCUCCUACCUUUAUGAACAUAGUAGGUUCUAGAGAAAUCGGAUGGAAAUAGUAUAUCAAAGUCUUUUAUAAAAGGGCAUAACUGUCCAUAGUGUUUCAUUUAUUUAGAUUGAAACAUGUUUUUGAAAGGUAGGAGCUUGGGAUUUGUUCGGGUUUCAGAGAGAUGUUAUCGCAAUUGUACUUACUUUUUGACUCGUAUCAUCAUUGAAGGUUACCAUGAAGCGUGGAGCAUUUGAACAUUGUAACUACAAGUCUACUGCGAUUACAGCCACUUAAGACAGCUGGUUGCAAGUUUUACAUUUGGCAUCAAACAUGCGUGUGUGUGUGUUUGUGUGUGUGUGUGUUUGUACAGUACCAGCAAUGUUUACCUCUUCCGGCCAAUUAGCUACCACACCUGCACAAGCACUGCAACAACUUUUCACAUCUGCAAUUUUUGUAUCCUUGUAAGUUCGAAAUAGAUAAAAAGAUUUCAUUUUGAUUGUGUUUUAUAAAAGUGGUGAGCUUGAUAAAUGUUUAGUAAAGCUUCAAGUCUAAACUCUUCCUCCCAUCGGCUGGUUUUGUGUAUUUUUUAAAGGAUCAGGUAUGUUUGUAUUUUGAAGGAAUUCAGUCUUUAAAUGUUGUUCAGGCUAAUAAAGUAAGUUUAUUCAUUC